AUGGCUUCAACUACUCAUCAAGUUGACCAAUCCACCUCCCAACCCUCAUCACCUCUCGACCCAAACGAUCCUCUCGGUCUUCUAACAGAAGAAUUCACCGAUGAACCAGUCAACUACCCGCCUCUCUUCGGCUCCCAUCCUGUAAUGCCAUCACGACACUCGACCCAGACCCACACUCACAGUCGUGGAGUAACAAGCGAUAGCGAAAUCAGCCACCUCGACCUCAGCCUUUCAUCUGAAGCCUCACAAGCAAGCCCAUCACACUCCCAAGCCGAAUCAUCGCGUCCUCGCGUCCUCGGCGGCACUCGCCGUGGACAUGAAGGAAACACUCGACCCCGAAAUCGACCCUCGCCAGGCCUGCAUAUCGACAUACCCCCUCGACCCCAACCACUUCGCGCCGAAGACCUGCAAUCAGAAGUAGUCACUUCAGACAGUACAACUUAUCAAAAUGGCCACUCGCAUCUACUAGCGAAUCGAGCCCGCCGCCACAACGAAAUGAUCGAAACAGCCGGCGCAACCGCGAUCCUAGACCCGUUGAGAGACACCAUACCUGCCGAGCUUCGAGAAGUCGUCUACGACGCUCCGGAGGAAACAACGGGGGUGGAACAUAGAACCAGCCAACAACAACCAACCUCCUACAGAAGCGAACCCUCCUCCUACCAAGCCAGCGAGCAACAUCGACCCCAUUCCCAACGAAGCAGCAGCGAACAAUCCAGCAUCCGCUCAAGACAUCCUCUCGCCGACGACCUGUACAACGUCGCCUACGGCUACGGAUUCGAGGGCCAAAGGAAUACUAACGAAUCCACCUCCCGCCGGACGGAACCGACAACGACAUUCUUCGAAGACACGCUCUUCGCACUCCGCUCCUCGAGCCCGGUCUACUCGCGCGAACCUUCGAUUCUCGCCACCCGUCCUGAUAUUCAUAAUUCCAUGGCGCCGUUUCAGGGCGUCGAUCCGGACUUUGCGCAGUAUCAGGCGGUGGAGUUGGCGAGGUAUGCUGGGCAGACGCAGACUGAGUCUAGUCCGGCUUUGUCGGAGCUUAGUUCGGUUAUUUCGUUUGAUUCUAGGGAUUAUGAGGUAUAG